UCAGGGCUAAAUUAUUUAGCCUCGAUUUCGAUUUCUACAAAACAAAAAUAACCAGAAUUUGUUAUAUUUUGAAGCAUAUUUAGAAGUGUUUACACCAAUUGUUGUAAAUUAAUGUAAACACUUAAUGAAUAAUUGAUAGUUAGUGCUAUCAAUCGCUACAAUCUAACACACUAACAUCCUACACAAUGUCGGGAGAUUCACCGGAAGUUGGGAAAGGUAGAGGGCGAGGGAAACCCGCGAAAACAAAACGACUUCGCAAGCCAACUGAAGAAACAUUUUUAAGAUUGAUCCAGGAGCCAGGUGCUGAUGUGUCAGGUGUAAACGUAACACGACCAACAGACACUGCUAGCCCCUCAGUUACAACGAUCACAACACAGAAUAAUUUCCCCAAAACCACCCUGAAUGCAGAAGCUGCAGAGUUUGUACCUAGAAGUUGGAUACAGCCCCAAUAUCAGCCAAGCGGAUGGGAUCCUCAUAUUGUAGAGCCUGUGGAAACAUACAAUACAUGGUCCACAGCCCCACCAAUAGACCCCAUUGAGAGAGUAACAACAACAUUGAACGACCUUACUCGACACCCAGGCAGCUUUGAUAUAACAGUACAAUCCCUUAAUAGAGACAUUUGUCAAAUAAUCGAUAGCGAAGAAACUUUAGAAAAAAUAGUUGAUAUCAUUUUUAACAAGUCCAUAACAGAUCUACAGAGCACAUAUACAGGCGCCAAGAUCUGUGCAUAUUUUAGUCAACACCUUCUCCCAGUUGUGCAUAUAAAAUUAGCAACAUUUAGACAGCUUCUUUUAAAAAGGUGUCAAAGAGAGCAUACAAAAAGGAAUGAGCUAGCAUCUAGCCUCAGUGAUUGUAAUCGACUACAUGGGUUCACGAUUUUUAUGGGAGAACUUUUUAUGAAUAUGACAGUAAAUAAUGAGAGAAUUCACCUGUUAGGCACAGCUUGUAGAGAUCUAACACUUACAUUACUGGACCAUCCAUCAGAUAACAACUAUAAAUUUGCCAUUAGGUUACUCAAGUUUGCUGGAGCUGCCCUGGAAGAUUCAGAAAAAGAGAAAAGCAAUGGUUCAGCCCCACAUAUGGACAAUAUCAUACAAAGGAUAAAGCAACAAACUUUAGAUGUUCAGAAUAUAAGCAAGACUGUAAAACAAAUGUUGCUGGACUUGAUAGAGUUAAGAGCUAGCAACUGGGGGAGGAUAGAGUCAGCACCAUCACCAAAACUUGAAUCUCAGAUGGGACAGUUCAGCUUCAAUGAAAAUCUAACCCUUGAGCCUAUCUUCUAUAACGCAACUGGUCAGGUGAUCACAAGAGAAGAGGCAGGCUAUCACGAUGAAACCAAUGACUACACCGUACCAGAUGAUAGCGCAUCCAUCACCUCUUCAGACUUUGCUGUAAAUCCAGAUGGAUCUUUCCAGAUAGGUACUUGGUCGAAUCCAGAUGAUGAACAGUAUGCUGCCACUGCUGGCCAAUAUAUCCAGUCAAGUGAAUUUGAUCAAGACUUUGAUACUGAGAUCCAAGAUGCUUUUGAGGCAUUUAUAGUGGAAUCCCAAUCACAACCUCCCCCAUACCAGUAACACCAGUCCCAGGUGUACCAGUCCCAGGCUCAACAGUCUCUAGCAAUGAGGAAUUAAAGUCCCAUAUACAAAGAAUGUCAGUCUAACUGUCACUGCCAACUUGAUCUUGAGAGCAGCAAUGAAAAGAGUGUUUGAGUAUUUUAAGAAAUUUAAUUAUGAGACGAUAUAGAUGUUUUAGUGGAAGGUGGAAUGUAUAUAUAUAUCGUGGAUCCUAAGUAAUCAAAUGUGGAAUUCUGAUUAUAGAUCUUUCCUCAAAGAACAAGUAAAUAAAUUACUUCAUUCCAUGGAAAUUAAUGUCCAAUAAUGGUAAAUAAAGUCUGUAAAUGUAUCAAAAUAGAAUUGAUAUUAUGUAAUCCAGGUUUGAAUCUUUUGUCAGCCAAAAAUUGCAUUGAGUGCCAGAAUCCCUAAUUCUUACAGACAGAUUGAUUUUCAUUGCUUUCAUGGAAUAAGUAACUUAUUUAAUUUGGGAUGGAACGUGGGUUAAUAAUGAUGUAGGCCUCAAAAAUUGUCAAACUGACACUCUGACUUAUACCUUCUAGGUUUGUCAGUAUGAUAUUUUCCAUGGGCAAUAUCGUAUCGUCCCAGGAUAUAACAUAAACUGUAAAAUAUAUUUUAGAACCUACAUCCAGUAUUAUGUUAUGUAGGUUUUAGUGAGAUAUAUCUGUAUUUUUGGAAAGGUAAAAUGAUGUGAAAAGUGUGUGUAUUGUAUGUACAUGUAUUUUAGGCGGGGUUAGUUAAAUUCUUUGUUCAGCAUUAAUUUUUUCAAAUUACUGUAGUUAUUAAUAUUAUCUAAUAUGAGAUAAGACUGAAUGAAUACAAAUAGGAUAGCAGAUGAUAUUACUAAAAUAGAUUGAAUUAUGAUUGGAUCACAGAUUAUUUUAAAUAUCGUGUAAGUUGUAUCUGAUUUAUAUUUUGUAGUUUCGAUUUGUAUGCACCUGAUUUGAAAAAGAAAAAGUGAAUAUGCUUAACAAUUUAUUUAAUUACCUUAGCCUAAAAUGAAAAUAAUUUUAAUAUACAUGUACUCUACAGUGUAUGUGAAUAAUUUGUAGACU